CGGAGGGCUGAAGUUGGAACGACCUUCCUUUUCCCAUCAUUUGGUUUUGGUUUUGCUGUUGUUGUUGUUGUAGGAAUGUUUCCUCUGCUCUUGCUGCAGCUUCUGCAUGCGGGAUUUGGAUCGCCCGGAAUGUUCUUUAUUAUCCAGAGCUGACGGUAUUACUGGGUUUCAAACCAAGAAAUCCCUCCAGAGCUACAUUGUUGUCUACUGGAAAAUAUUGUAGGAGAACAAGGAAGAAUCUAGGACCAUCCAAGAGUAAAGAUGAUCUUCAAACAGUUGUCACUUGAAACUAAGGCUGCAGCAGUUGCUGGAGUUGUCUUCUUCUCCAUGAUAGCAUCUCGAACAUUUUUGGCUGAAAGGAUUGAGGAGAAGAGUUUGAGGUGGCUGGUCAGACUUCAGAUGUUACUAUUUGUUAAUGCCCUGAUGCUCAUAGGAUCGCUUCACAUAUGGAGAAGACUUGUGACCGUGUUCUACAGAUUACCAACUGCCAUGUUGUCCUGUUUCACCUUAUGGAAAACAGCUGUGUUAAUGUUCCUGAUUUUGGCACACUCGAGCUUUUUUACGGCUCUGCUGCUUGUGGCCGAGGAACCGUAUUUCUUUUCUUUAGCUGCUCAUACCUGCCUCGGAGGGUACAUCCUCCUUAUUUUCUGCCUCUUCGCCCUAGGCUCCUUGGAACAAGCUUAUAAGCUCUUGUUCCAAAGACAAGCAAAGAUGGGCAGUGUCAGUAAAAAUUGCAAACUGGCAAUAAAGCCAGCUCUAGCGGUUGUGUUGACAGUUGUGUUGACUGUCCUGGGACUCCUCAAUGCUUCCCAACCUCCUGCCGUGAAGUCAGUAGCGAUUCCUCUUCACAAACUGCCACCGUCUAUGGACCAAUUGAAGGUGGUCUUGCUUUCAGAUAUACACCUGGGGCCAACCGUUGGCAAGACCAAACUAGAAAUGGUUAUAAAAAUGGUUAGGACUUUGAAACCGGACAUCACGGUGAUUGUGGGUGACUUGACUGAUUCUGACGUGAAAGGCCUUGGGCAUGCUGCGAAACCUCUUGGCAUGCUUAACUCCCCACUGGGAACUUAUUUUGUCACAGGCAACCAUGAGUACUAUACCUCUGAUGUCAACAGUUGGUUUGAAGUGCUGAAAUCACUAAACAUCCGCCCUCUGCAUAAUGAGAACAUCAAAAUUGCGUCCCCUAAGGGUAGGAGCGCCGACUGGUUUUGUCUGGCAGGGGUAGACGAUAUCGAGGCUAAGGCAAUGCAUUACCCUGGCCAUGGGAUGGAUUUAAAUAAGGCUCUCGCAGACUGUGGCACAGAUCAUGCCAUCAUUCUUCUUGCCCACCAGCCACUUGCUGCUAAAUGGGCUCUCCAAGCUCGGCCAGAUAUAAAUUUGAUCUUGUCUGGGCAUACUCACGGAGGGCAGAUAUUUCCUCUGAAUAUUGCUGCCUAUUUCUUGAAUCCAUUCUUUGUUGGCUUGUACAAGGUCGGACAAAACACCUUUGUGUAUGUUAGCCCUGGGACUUUGUAUUAUGGAAUGCCAAUGAGACUGGGAAGUAGAGCAGAAAUAACAGAGAUAAUUCUGCGUUCUCACUCAUCAGUAUGAAAUAAUUUAUUUCUCUUGGGCUUGUGCAGUGCAUCUUCUUGUUCAUAAGAUGCCACAAUUUCUCUGGAAUACUGAUGAGCAGGUGGUUAGACCUGCAAGCUUUGGAAUCUUCUAUUACUUCUGUUACCAAGCCCUGUUUUGAAAUUAAAGUGGUAUAUAAAUUACAGUAGUAAAGAAUAAUGAAUAAGAUGAAGUACAAAAUGUAAUAGCUUUUGGGGAUGCUACCUUUGAAACUCUCUUGAAACUUUAAUGAAAACGUUCGGGGUGUGUAACAUUGCCGCAGGUAAGAGUCAGUGAAACAACAAGGUUGUGAGAUAAGUUGUCAAACCAGUAUAUUGCAUUUUUGAAAAUUCCCAUUAUUUUCUGCUUUUUGUAUGGUGGCACUUUCAUAUUUAUCCAGAGUUCUUGCAUUGAUUCCUUUGCUGAAAUGUUAUGUUUUGAUCUGUGAAUUGCCAUUGAAAUUGUUGAAAUGCAUUAAAAAGAAUAAAUUAAAUUAAAACAUACUCAUUGUUGUGGCUUUUGGUGUGUUGUGUAUUGCUGCUUCUGCUUUGUUUAUUGUGACCUACUCUGAACACAAUCUCCUUUUGUGGAAAGUGGUAUACAAAUUAAAAGUCUAGCCCCGACUACAAGCAGGAGUCUCUUCCCCUGCAACAUACAUCCAACUAAACUGAAACUAAAAAUUACAUAUGCUAAAGCUAUUUUUGGUCACCUGCUUACUAUCCCUUGCUUUUUCCUGUAGCACUAAUUGCAGUUGUUAACAGUCCAACAGGGUUACUGUCACAGGAUGUGCGUUGCGACUACUCUAGAGUAACGACUCUCCAGACCUUUGCCUUUUCAUGCUUUUAUUAAGUGCAGGCUAUUUACCGUGCUAGAGCUGUACAGGAUACAUGUUCUCAGUCUGACCCAGAACCCUGGAAUGGCGCUUCCUGCGUUUUCUUCCAACAUAAGAGUCGGGGCACCCCAAAUCUCCUCCCGCAUUUCCUCCUGCGUAAUUCCGGAACCGGAGGGAAAAAGGGUAUCCUUUCUAUGUUUUCCUUCUCCCCCUCUUCCCCCUCUCUCUCUUCCUGUCCCACGUGCAGCAGGGGCUCUCCUAUGCUGCCAGAGCCCUGUCUCCUUCCUCCUUCCUGAAGAAGUGUGCAUGCACACGAAAGCUCAUACCAAAAUAAAAACUUAGUUGGUCUUUAAGGUGCUACUGAAGGAAUUUUUUUAUUUUAUUUCAGUUAUGUUUACGCUUAGCUACCUGUAGGGCAUGGGAACCAGGGGGUUGUUCCAAAGAUUUCAUAGAAAAGUUGGCUUUUAAACCAUGAGAGGUGGCAUCAGGCAGGUGUUCUGAGAAAUGGGUUCAAGCUAAACUGGGCAGCGAGGGCAGAGCUUUUAAGGUUGGUUGGAUGCAAAGAGCAAGAGGAUGUGAAGAGCAAGAGAUCAAGAUAGAAGAAGAUCAGGGUUGGGAGAGAGAGGACGGCUAAUAUAGACCUAAAGGCAUGCACCUAUAGAAUAGGGUUAUGAAAGAAAAAUAUUAAAAUAAGAGGGUUGAAAGAAAAAAACGGAAGGUAGCAAUGUAAUUCUUUAAGGAAAAAAAAGAAAUGUUGAUUUUGUAGAGAUAAUUGGUUUAUAGGUUUUUCUUUUAGGAUUGAAUAUUUCAGUGCUGGUACAGAUAAUCAAAAUGAAGUGAAUGAUUUGGCAGAAAUAAUGAUGCCAGGGCAGGGUUAUAUUAAAUAUUCCUUAGCACAGGGUUGGCUAACCUGUACCCCCUAGAUAUUAUUGGACUCACAGCUCCCAUCAGUCCCAGCUUGCAGGGCUGGGCUGCAGGUUCCCCACACCUGCUGUAAAGGUUAAAAUAGUAAUUUUGGUAACGUUUGAUCAGCACAGAGGUGCGUUUUGGGUCUUGUAUGUGUGGUGGUCAGUUCUGAAUUGUUACAAUGCUGGUACUAUUUUGCAUUACAGUAAACUAGACUGGAGGAGGGGAAAUGUUGGUUUGAGGAAAGUGUGCCUCCCUCUCCUGGCAUGGAAGGGCCAUGUCUCUGCUUGUGAUAAAAAAUAAAAAUAAACUUCUGUUCUUUCCUGAAAGCUAAAGUUCCUGUCCACCUAACGUAU